AUGGCAGCCAGCCUCUCGGCCAUGAGCCACGCCUGCAGGCUGGGUGGAGCGCAGCCCAGCACACAGAGCCGCCAGGCAGCUGCCGCAGCGGCGGCGCCUGCGCUGCCGCCUCGUCACGCAAGGCGGCAGCGUGCCGUGCGCCGGCAGCGCCUGCACGUGGCCGCCGCCGCCAGCACAGACGCCCCGCCCGCGGCCACGUCGCCGCACAAGCUGUCCCCCAUCGAGCUGUGGAACGGCAAGCGGCUGCAGACGGUGGUUGCUGACGUGGCCGACGACACCAUCACCAUCCGCUCCCUGGACUGGGACCGUGACCGCUUUGACAUCGAGUUUGCGCUUCAGGAGGGCACCACCUACAACAGGCGAGCCCCUACAACAGCCCCGCCGCACGGCGCCGGCUACCUCAUCUUUGGCGCCGACAAGACGGCGCUGGUGGAUGCGUCGCACGAGAAGUUCCGGGGGCUGUACAUGAAGACGCUGAACGCGGAGCUGGCCAAGGCGGGGCGCCAGAUCGACUAUGUGCUGGUCAGCCACACAGAGCCCGACCACUCGGGGCUGGUGAAGGACGUGGUGGAGCAGUUCCCCGACGCCGUGGUGGUGGGCAGCAAGAUCGACCUGGGUGGGGGUCACGUGAUGGAGUUUGUGAUGGCGCCCAACCUGCACUGGCCCGACACCAUGUUUUGGUAG